UUCCACCCGCCAGUUUGAAAGCAACCUCCGUCAUGAUCACGUCAGCUGGUAGUCUUUAGUCCCACUUCUUCUUAGGUGACCUCGUGCGCGUUUUCAAAACCGGUUCGUAUAGGUAACACACAUAUACGAAGAGCGUGCGAAAGCAAAAAAAAAAAAAAUACUCUUCUCACAGCACUUUGAAGAUAAAAAUGCUGAUAAUGAUGAAAAGAAGAUAUGAAAAAUUGAAAAUUUCAAAUCAAAGGAAAAAAUGUUAACAAAAAAUUAUGCAAAAUGAUGAUGAAUAUUUAAAAAAAAAAAAAAAAAAAAUGAUCAUCAUUUGGAUAACAUUCUCUUGGAUCGUUUAAAUUAUUCAUCUCUCAAUUUUCUGGAUUAAAAUUUGGAUUAAGAAAACAACACAAUGGGGAAAAAAAGUGAAUUUUGUGUUUGUGAUUUGGUGUUUUGUUUUGUGUUGUUUUUGUGUUGUUUCAUUGCAAUUCCAAGCGUUGUGCGCGCAGAAAAUUUGAAACCCGCUGGAAUAUGCGCAAUGAAUGGAUGCAAUUGUACAGUGAAGGCGCACCAUUGGAUUUUCGUUAAAUGCGUCUUCUCUGAUGAUCAGGAUGUCGAUCUAUUGGAAGGUACAAUACCGGAAGACACAAUGGAGGUUGAAGUGUCACAUUGUCGUGAAUUAAGAAUACAAACAGGAGCCUUCACUGGUGGUACACAAUUGAAACGUGUACAUGUCUCGGGAAUUUAUACUGUUGUUGCCAAUAGACAGGCAUUUCAAAAUUUAUCAGCACCAAAUCCAUUGCUAGAAGUUUCGGAAUGCAAUCGUGUGAUACUUGAGAGUCAUGCAUUUAAAAAUACCAAGGGACCUCUAAGUGUUUCUAUAUCCAGAUGUCGACACGUCACAAUAAAACCCAGUGCAUUUUCUUGGCUUCUACAAAUUACAGUUCGUGAAGUUCCAAAUUUGGAACUAUCCAGUAAUGCAUUUAAAUUCGAAACUCCACAACACGGACGCCAUGGACCAGCGACCAAGAUUAUGUUCCAUAGUGUAAAAAUUCCCGAACUACCAACAGCAGUGUUUCCUUCGACAGCUGCAGAAGUUCGCAUGGAUGAUAUUUGGACGAAAGUGAUACGCAAGGAUGCAUUCUGCUCGAUGAACAUUCUCAGUGUGAUAAUCAGCAAUGCUUCAAUAUUUGAAAUUGAAACUGGAGCGUUCAAUGAGAGAACGUUAAUUCACAGUUUAGAAUUUGUAGACGUGAGAUUAAAGACAAUUCGAUCUGGUGCCCUUAGGGCAGGAGCUAAUAAUCUAACCAUUCAGUAUUCAAGACUGACGGAGGUCGAGAAGGGAGCGAUAGACAUAUCAGUAGCGACGGUGACUUUUAACAACAACGAAUUUCAAAAUCUACGUCAGGGGGCAAUUACCUUUCAUCAAUGGAAUCGUUUGUCGAUUGACUACAACAUGUUUGAUUAUCUCGAAACGGAUGCAAUUUCAGCACGUACUGACGCGACUUCAGUGUCUAAUUAUGAAUUCUCCUUCUUUGAGAAUCGUCUCUCAACAGUGAAACCAGGAGCAUUGGCAUUUACCAAAAUCUCCCAAAAAUUAAAUUCAGCCCGCGUGAGUAAUAAUUACUUCAAGGAGACAUGUAAUUGUAAUAUGGAGACCUGGGUUCAAAAAUUAAUAACAAGUAAUAGUUCCAUUGCCUGGAUGAUGGACACAAGUUAUUGUCUCGUUGACAAAGUUCUUCGUAAUUGUUUCAAUCUACCUGAGGGAAAUUUAGGCAUGUUGAAUUACACAAAAACCAUAUGCUCCAAAGGUUUUCGUAUCAAUUGCACAAAUCCAUUAACAAAACCCGAACCAAGUCCAAGUCCACCGAGUGUAGGUCCACACAUCUAUCCUCGACAACGUGGCUAUUUUGAUGUCGAAAUGAGUGAUCCCGAUCAAUUAGAGAGGGAAAAACGAAUCAUAGUGAUCGCUUGUGUCGUUGCCGUAUUCUCUGUUUUAGUCGUAAUUCUAACAUCGGGUAUUCUUUACAUGAGACGUCGUGGAGUAUGUCCAAAAUUAACAUCGAAUUCAUUGACAAAUUUCGCAAGUUCAUGGUUUUCACCAACAAGUGGUAUGACCGCGGCAACAUCGGCGAGAUCUAUUUCCCGUUUAAGUGUUCACGAGUACGCGGGACUACAACCAGAGACACGAAUUCUUGAAAUCGAUACCCAACCGGAAGAAAUUGUUCCCGAAGAUGAGGGUACCUAUGCCUACAUGGAGAAUAAGGCAACGCAAACACUUCCCGAGGAAUUAACUGCUGAAUAUUUGCAAAAUCUCAAAGAUCGUCUAAACGAUCCGGAUAAUUAUGGACAAGCACGUGAUAUGAUUGAGCAUUUAUACGAUUUGGUAAAGGUCGAGGAGAGUUGUAACAAUAACAACAAUGAAGGACGUUUAUCGCCAAAUUUCGACGAAGACAACGCUUACGAUAUCAUAAUACCGAAAUCGAGAAAAAUUAGAAUCGUUCCAAAAUCAACGGCAACAAUUGGUACAAAAAUACCAUCACUUGAGAAAUUGUUACCAAUUACAAUUCGUACAAGGCCACAAAUUGUCGAAUACGCCGAACCACGUGAUCUUAGAAUCAACAAUGAUCAAAAUCAUCUCUAUGCCGAAUUACCAGGUGAUGAGACAAUGCCAAGUACAAGUCGACUUGUACCACGAGCACCACAACCACUACCACCGGAUGUUGUUAACGAUCAUAUAAUUAGCGAAAACUACAGGUUCUCAAAUACCAAAGAAGACGAUGAUAAUGCAAAAGAUUGCAGAAUUGAUAAUUCACGAAUAAGAUCAAAUUUUUUUAAAUCCCUCGGCGAAAGUAUACUUGGAGGGUCAAAAAUUAGUGGCAAAAGGCCAAAUUCAUUGCUCUGUGAAUAUGCUGAGCCAUCCGAUGCAACGGCACAUCUUUAUUCGGAAUUAUCGGACAAUAAUCAAUGUUCAAUGAGUAAAAUGGCAAAUCGACCCCUACCCACAAAACCGGAUCAGCCCCUAAGUGCAGCGAAUCAAACAAGAACGUAACGUGACACUCUCUCUUUAAAAAAAAGGACGUGACAGCGAUCCGCAGCUUGUCUGUGAUAUGUGAUUUGACUUUCGUAAUCGAUUUUAUAUCCCAUCUCCUUCUCGUAAAGGGAGGUUAAGACUAUUUUUUUUUUAAUUCAAGUGCCACACUAUUGUACACGUUAAAAAAUUUCCAGAAAUGUAGUUUCUACAGGUCUAAAUCUGUAAAUUUUCAUAUGCUGCUGUGAUAAAAAAAUUGUCACCAAUUUAUCUGGUUUAUAUAAACUAUAAACUUCAGUAGAUAUCGCAGCAUUUUCCGGAAAUUUUUUUCCGUGUACUAUAAGAAAAGACAUUGAUGAAUGAAAACAGCGAUGGGAAAAUUUAUUUGUGUCUGAAUGUGUGAUUUGUGAUAUUAUGAAAACAAACAAAAAAAAACCCGAAGAAUUAUGCAAAAAAGACUCUGAACUCAUUUCUUGUUGAGGAAAUAUUUUUAAGAAUAAAUAUUUGAAGAGUAAUUUUUAAGGUGUAUAUAUAUUUAAUUCAUAAUUGAUUUUUGUAAGAAAAUUUUUGAAAAUAUUGCCUAGAAAAAUAUCUAGAAAAAUAAAUUUUUAAAUAGAUUUUUAUGAAGAAAAAUAUUGCCUGAAAAAAAACAUAUUUUUAAGAAAAGUAUGAUGAAAAAAAAAGGAAAAACAUAAUUUCUUUUCUUCAAGAAAAGAUUAUUGCUUCUUCUGAAUAUAAAUUUUAUUUUUUAAGAAAAAAUGAAAUAUUUCCUGCGCAUUUUUAUUAUAUGGGUUCAAAAAAAAAGAAAGAAAGCAUUCUUCGAAUUCGGCAAUCAUAAUUGAUGUAUGUGUGUUAUGUGAUGACUGAAUUUUUUUUUAUUCGAAGUGUCCUUCCAAAAAUCGAUACUUUUAUAUUUAUAAUAAUUGAUGUAAUAUAAUAUAUGCACAUACUUACCUCGACAAAAAAAAAAUUAUAAUUAAAGUAUUACAACGAAUUUUAUUAAACUUUAUCGACGAGAAAAAAAGGUCUUA